UCGACCCUCCCUCUUACUUCUCUUACUUCUCUCUCUCCAAGUGCUGACGAAGCGUACGGUCAUGACCAACACGCGUAUCGAGACAGUUGUCACGUCAACCACAAUGCGUUUGGCAGACGUUCACCCUCCCUCUCGAGUGUUGGCUGCUUGGGAGCGAAAGAAGAGAAACAACGUGGGCGCUCACUGGCUGGUCGAGUUCCUCGCUGAGAUGUUUGGAGUAUUUCUUUACACUUAUGCGGGAACCGGUUCCACAGCUGCAUAUGUACUCGGUAACCUUUCCAAUAUACCGAACUUAGGCAAUUUGCUCCAAGUUGGAAUGGCCUAUUGCAUUGGCGUUGUGUUAGCAUUAGUGUUAUGUGCCAGAGUAUCAGAUGGUCACUUUAGCUCCGGUAUCACUUUGGUCAUGGUCGCGUUCAGGAAAUGUCCGCCUCUUAAAGGAUUAAGAUUAAUAAUUGCUCAAAUCCUUGGUGCCUAUAUCGCAUGUCUGCUCAUCUACGUCCAGUAUAAGGACCUAAUCGGCCCUAUUGAGGCCGCGCUGAAGGCGGAGGGUGUCUAUGACGCCGUUCAAUUUACCGCUCAAGGACCCGCCGGUAUAUUCGCGUUAUACGCCUCACCUACUGCGAACCUGGGACAUGUCUUCUUGAAUGAAUUUGUCACUGAUUUUACGUUAGGAGUCGCAAUCUUCGGCGCGUUGGACCCUGCCAAUGACUUAGUUCCACCUUUCAUGGCACCAUGGGUCAUAGCAUUCACCUACGCAUUUGUUGUUUGGGGAUAUGCACCUGCUGCAUUGGCUGCUAAUACCGCACGAGAUGUUGGCGGACGUCUUGCCGCAAUCACUAUCUGGGGCAGAGCUGCGUCCGGCGGAAGUUAUGCUGCAAUCGCUGCCCUUACAAACAUUCCUGCCACUGCCCUUGCUUCGAUCUUCUAUCAGUUCGUACUUGCUGAUACUAAUCGACCACUUUCUGCUGCCCACCAGGAACAUAUUGCUCUACACGGGGCCCAGUCUGCGGAGCGAUCGGAAAGGACCUCUUCUGUUGAGUCCUUGGACGAGAAACAGGGCGCCGUUUAGACGUAUCUACGCUACCGAACGAACUCAUGAUCAGACUCGUUAUGUGUACAUUAUUCGGUAAUCAGCUCAUUGCCAAGAGGUUUGUGUAUGGUUACU